AUGGCCACUCACUCUGCCUACUACUUCUACGAUGACCUCAACUCGACCAAUUCCGACCUGCUAUUCCCUCUACCGGGUACCGUGGUCCAAUCAUUCGUGAAUGAAUCAUGCGAUCCAUUCAGCGUGUCGAUGUCUCACCCAGACCUCGGUUCGGACACAGAGAUGCUACCCGGAAGUGUCCUGCCAAUCGUCACGGAAGGCAGCUCUCUCUGGGACUACGCUCCUUCCGCCGCAUGGCCUUCAGAGGUUCCAGACAUGAGUGUCGCCGAUGCGCCGCACUUUCCUACCUUCGACGACGGUGUCUCGUACCAAAGCCCCGGUGAUAGCUCCGAGUCAGCGAGCAUCCUAUCACCUUUCCCAUCUUACACCUCCUCCUGGGAUUGGUCAGGUUCUCUCUUCGGAUCGCCUUCUGAAGCCUCCCCCGACGCUGCUUCCCCCGAUGCCUCGUCAUCCUCAACUUCUCACGAAGCAUCAUCCGCCACCAAUGUCGACUCCGAGUCUGCGAAAGGACGAGGAAGCCGGUCGUCACGUAAGGGCUCCACCCGCCCGAGGCGCAUCCGGUCAAGUUCAUCCUGCGCUAUCCCGCGCUCUCUCGCUUCGUCGUUCACCAGCCGAGUCGGCAUGGCGGCUCCGCGCAACAAACAAGUUGGGUUCACUCCCUCCGUGCAGCGUUGGGAGCACAAUGGCUAUUUCAUCUGCCCGCACUGCGACUUCUCGACUCGGCGCAAAGGAGACCUUGACCGCCACGUCCGCACGCACUUCUCCCUGAGCCGUGACCCGGAAUGGGUCUGCUGCGGGGUUCCGGAGGAGGACGCUCCCGACCUCGGUGGAGCAAGCUACGAGCAUGGUGGACGCAAGAUGAAUGGGACGUGUAUCGCGCCUGCGCAGCUGUUGAAGAGGGGGAAAAGGAGUGGAUCGAUGUAG